GACACUGCUGAUCCUGUAACAUGGAGGAUUGUCUUCAUACCUCAUCUGAGAAUCUGUCCAAAUUGGUCAGCUGGGCCCACAGUCAUGGAACCAUUUGCAGCCUCAUUCCAAACCUGAAACACUUACUUUCCGAAGGUUCCCAUGGGAACCUGACAGCAAUGUGGGGCUGUAGUGCUGGCCAUGCCUACCACUGGCCGCUAACAGCUACCUGCAGAGCUGGAUCCCAAGAGAGGGUCUGUUUCCAAGACAACAGGAGUUUUAACUCUGAUAGUCCCAGUAUAAUUGGGGUGCCUUCUGAGACACAGACUAGCCCUGGUGAAAGGUACCCUGGGAGACCAGUAAAAGCAAAACUAGACUGUAACCGGACCAGAGACUCUUGUGACUUCUCUUAUUGCAGUGAGCCCUCUGAACUAGAUGAAGCUGUAGAAGAAUAUGAAGAUGAAAACACGCUGUUUGACAUGGUUUGUGAAUCUUCUGUUACAGAUGAGGAUAGUGACUUUGAACCCCAAUCCCAAAGGCCUCAAAGCAUCACUCGCAAAAGGCCAGGAAUAGUCCCAUCUUCCCUUCAUUCAGGCUCCCAGGUGCAGAUGGUGGAUGAAUGCAGCAAUGAUGUCAUCAUCAAGAAAAUCAAGCAGGAGAUUCCAGAAGAUUACUACAUUGUAGCAAAUGCAGAGCUCACAGGAGGGGUAGAUGGACCAGCUCUAUCCUUGACACAGAUGGCAAAACCCAAGCCUCAGACACAUGCGGGUCCCUCCUGUAUAGGAUCUGCUAAGCUGAUUCCCCAUGUAACGUCUGCCAUCAGCACGGAGCUAGACCCACAUGGUAUGUCUGCAUCCCCCUCUGUGAUCUCCAGACCAAUCAUCCCAAAGACUGCUAGGGUAUCUCUGGCUUCACCGAACAGAGGACCCCCUGGUGCCCAUGGUACCAACCAGCAGGCAGCCAUGCAGAUGCCUGUGAGCACAUCCCAUCCAAACAAACAGAUCAGUAUUCCUUUGUCUGCCCUGCAGCUGCCUGGACAGGAUGAGCAAGUUGCUUCUGAAGAGUUCCUAUCCCAUCUGCCCAGCCAGGUCUCUUCCUGUGAGGUAUCCCUUUCUCCUUCAGUGAACACAGAGCCAGAAGUGAGCUCCAGUCAGCAGCAGCCUCCAGUCGCUCCAACCAUAACAACUGAAGCCACAGCACAGUGCAUACCAGCUUAUUCCACUAAGCUCAACAAAUUUCCUGUAUUUAAUAUUAAUGAUGACUUGAAUGAUCUGUGUACCAGUGCAGUAAGCCCAAAUACUACUAAAGCCACGCGGUACGCCCUGAAUGUGUGGCGAUAUUGGUGCAUGACCAACGGGCUCAAAGAUCACACGGACAUCACCAAGAUCCCUGCAGUGAAGUUGAAUGAGCUGCUUGAAAACUUUUAUGUCACCGUUAAGAAGAGUGACGGCUCAGACUUCCUGGCCACCUCGCUCCAUGCCAUCCGCCGAGGCUUGGACCGCAUCCUGAAGAAUGCAGGUCUCCAGGAGGCUUGGCUCCCACAGCUGCUGCCAGUGAGCUCUCCCUGGGUCCAGGCCACUGCCUUGCUCCCUCUCAUAGGCCAGAGCUCCCUCAGGCAGCCAAGGCCAAAGUCAGCAGCAACCAGAGCCUGGGAUGGCAGAGCCUGACUGGGUGUGACUUCCAUGGACGUGCCGGUCUUCAUCAGUGUGGCCUGCUAUUCCUAUGACUUGGAGUUUGUUUUUUAAAAUGAAAGUAGGUGAAUCUGAAUAAUUUGGCCAUUUUAUCCAAAUGUGUGUCACCUUCACUCAAUCAUAAAAGCAAACACAAUAUAUAAUUGCUAUAAAGAAGACUGAGGAAAUUCAUUUUAUCUAGUGCCUUUUUAGCACAGGUUUUCUGGAAAAAAAGAAAAAUUGAAGCUGUUUAAGUGUCAUUUUUUAAAAUCCCAGUAGCCCAGUAGCUUUAGAAUGUUGUGGAGACCGUACUUUGUUGAAUUACAUUCACAUUAAGGAACUAGAAAGAGGCGGACACGUUAGAGAAGAAUUGCACUUGACCCUCCUCCGUUGUGUUGGUGGAUGACUUGGUCCCGCAGAGCAAGCAGCCUCGCAUGAGAACAUCCUGAAGCACCUGCCAGGGGCUGCUCGCUGCCACGGAAGGAUCAGUCUCCGCUGUCAGUAGGGAAACUUAUGAAAAAAAGAUUAAUGCACCAAAAGGGAGUUUGUUGAGAACAAGGUUUUCAGUGAACUAGAUGUUUUGUACAACACAAGAGAAUUUGAAGGAGUGAAAGAAAACGGCUUGGGAAAGCCACGUGUGAUCCAAAUGUGAAAACCUCUGAAGCAGAAGUGCCUAUGUCUUAGUUCUCAGCACCAUGUGAGAGCGCUUUUCAUUUGAACAUUUUGUAGAGGUGGUGGUUGUUUUAAAUCUGUUCUCCAUUCCAUAGUUGUCCUGUCAGCGUAUAGCACUGGAUGUGUAAAACAACAAACAGUAAUGUUCAGGCUUAACCAGCAAAGUCCAGCAAAACAAACCACAGGAAAACAAAUCCCCACAUGUGUUUAUUAAAAGCUUUGAAAUAUUUUUUAAUCAAAGUAUGGCUUUUUCAGCCACAAUAGAUGUCACCCUUUUAGGGUUGGCACAGAUGCUUGGGACACUAUGACUUAGGCAGUCUACCAGGUAAGCAAACCCAGCAUUAAGGAUGUAGUUAUAAAAUCAGAGCAUAAUGAUAAAUUAUCAAAUGCAGUUUGAAAGUAUUUCACUCAGGUAAAACUCAACCUGACCCCUUGUUUAAACAUCAGCAGAGCUGGGCAUGGUGGCGCAUGCCUGUAAUCCCAGCACUUGGGAGGCUGAGGCAGG